GGACGGCAACAUAAUACUCUCCCCGAGUGACAAGUUAGAUUCAUUAACUUGUCAUUUUUUCGAAAUAAGUUUCCACAAAAAUAAAUCAACUAUUUUUUCCUCACCUAACACUUUUCUAGUACCAAAAAUUAACUGUUAAAUAAGGGGGGCAGGGUGAGACGAAAAAUCAAUGAAACAUCAUCAUUUAUUAGCAACUUACUUAAGCGUCACAAAAGUUCUGGAAGAUAGUGAAGUUAUUGUUUAGUCCUCAUCCGCAAAAAUGUUUGGGGGUGUGACUGGAUUUUAUUUCCAUGCGGUCGCCACGGCCCUACUUUCAUGGAGUGUCCUGCCCGAGAAUGAUGUCCAGAUUUUAACGAGACCUAAUGGCGGGAAUACAUCGGGACCAGAGUGGGCCGUUUUCGACAAGAACUUCCGAACAAUUCCACAUUUUGUGACAAUUUUGACGCAAAGAUGAAUCGCGCCAUGGCGAGAAUUUAUGAAGGACUGGGAGCCAUGAAACUGUCCACGAUUCGGUUACACGAAUUAAACUCCGUAUCCGAUUUUAACCCACCCGAUCCCAAUGACGAUGUACAGAAACAGAUUGAUGAGUUGAAACAGGACAUUAUUGAUCUGGAGGCAGAAAUCUCUGGCAUGGAUCCGACCAGUGACCUGGACCAACUUCGGGCAGCCAUGGCGCUCAUGCAGGAGGAAAUUGCUGCCCUAAAUACUGCCCUGGACAACGCGGCGAAACAGGCGACUGAUGAACUCCAGCCGGAAAUAGAUCAACUUAUUGCCUCCCUCGAUACCGUCGCUGCUAAUGUAUUCUCCUUAAAAUUGGCCGUUGCUGAUGUAGAAAGUGCCCUUGAACAGAGCCAAAUUGUGAAUAUUGUUGCCCAAAUCCUUUCCGGGCCGGAUGCUGGAACGGUGUUCCUUUACGAACAUGGCGUCUUCAAGCGGGGCAACGCCUCGACCGUGAUGUCCACCAUUGUGACUUUAGGCUACCCAGAGAUCUUGAAAAACGUUAAUUAUUUCAUCAACUUUUUGAGUUUUUUUUCUCAAAUGGAUGUCGAGCAACAUAAGCUAUGGGGUUACCAAGCCCUCUACUACACCGUCGUUGCUAACGGUCAGCUCUACAAGGCCCCGCACCCUUUCAUCCUUGCCCACAAAAUCACAAAGCUGAUUGGAACCACACCCAUCGGUGACGUUGUCAUACAGGCGAAAUCUUUUCUUACCGACGUCGUCCAUCCCGUAAUUUCGAGGGUCGUCUUUCAAUCAACGCAACCUCCUAUGUGUGUGUCGGGCCUAGCCAUAAGUCAGCUAGAUUGCGCUAAUGGAGUCCUGAAUUCUACCAUGGGUUUCAGCUUCGCCUAUAACUUUGAGGGCGUGGAUUCACGCAGCGUCCAGGUCGGUUGGGCACUUGCCCCCUUUGUAGAUAUGAUUGGUGCAGCAUAUGCCAGUAUGGCUUACCUCCUUCGCCGUGGGAACACCUUAAUUUCUAAAAUGGGAUUAGGCUCGGAACCCAUGAUCGAUUGGAAUGAUCCCAACGCUAUUCUCCAGUUCUUCACGUCAAAGUGUGAAGUCCACGAUAAUUGUGAACAAUCCCUUCCAACUGAUAAAAAUGUGAAUUACUUAGUCUUUGGAGGAAAUCUGGUUUGUCAAUCGCCCAUACCGAGCGUCCAUAAAUCACGUGAUCGAUUUUGAGUAAUUUUGACUCCCCCCCUUGGUGACGAAUGGUGAUAAAUUAAGUAGCCCCCACCCCCCUGUGGUCACGUGACAGCCGGACAAAUUGCAUAAAACAAAUUAUGUAUGUUCCCUAGAUUGAUAAUAUUAUUCCGAGGUCUUUCUAAAUUCGCAAUUAAAUUAAAUUUCCAGAAAUGUAAAAAAAUACUUACUAAUAUAUGUAUACUGCAAACUGUAAUUUGGCAUUUGUGAGUUAUAUCGAUAGUCUGGUAGAUUUUCGUGAUACUCAACAUGUACGUAUGUGCAUGAAAUUAAGGAACAAUUUUUAAUUUCUGAAGAAUUCUGGGAGUACAUGUAAUUUCAAUACCUAUGCCAAUACGUAUUUCUUAGAUUUUCUUGGGGCUCGCAUUUAAAAUGUCAGCCCUACUCCCACCCAAAACCAUGAACAAUACGCCAAUACGUAAGUUAUUUAUUAUUACCCUGUACUAAUCUUCAUAAUUGAAAAAUGAAAACCAAAACCCAAAAAUGUAAACACCUAGUCCUUCUAAAAAUAUAUUUACAUGCAACCUGAUUAUUUGCAUGCAGUAAUAUAUAACAUAGGAAUGUGAUUAAUGUUUUGAUUUUUUUCAGUUCGUACUUUGUAGAAUUUUCCCAAAUUGUAAACUUUCUAAGGCCAAUUUGCUUAAUAAUAAAACUAAAAAAUAUAACGUGGUUAUAUCUUACUCACAUCAA